AUGUUUAUGCGAUCUAUAGCUAACCAAAGCAUAUCAAAAGUUAGUCUCAGGCUGCGUAUAGGUCAACGAGCUUCCAAGUUUCAUGUUAACAGUCUUCAAAAUGCCAAGGUUGAUUUCUCUAAACUAACUAGAGCUGAAAUCAAGCAGCUCAGAGAUAUUAGGAUGUCGAAGGAGCGCGCUUAUAAGGACAAAACGGCGGCGUUUUACUUUAGUAGUGUGAUAGUUAUAUUUCUAGGACUUGCGUAUGCAGCCGUGCCAUUGUAUCGUGCGAUUUGUGCUAGAACUGGGUUUGGUGGUAUUCCUAUUACAGAUAGACGAAAGUUUACAGACGAUAAACUCGUACCUGUGGAUACAGAUAAGCGGAUUAGGGUAUCGUUUACUAGUGAGGUGUCUCAAAUCUUACCGUGGAAGUUUACACCGCAGCAGCGGGAAGUUUACGUACUUCCUGGAGAGACCGCACUUGCCUUUUAUAAGGCCAAGAAUACCAGCGAUCAGGAUAUUAUUGGGAUGGCUACGUAUAGUAUCACACCAGGUGACUCGGCACAGUAUUUCAAUAAAAUACAAUGUUUCUGUUUUGAGGAGCAGAAGCUUGCGGCGGGGGAAGAAGUUGACAUGCCUGUAUUCUUCUUCAUUGACCCUGAUUUUGCAAAUGAUCCUGCGAUGAGAAAUAUCGAUGAUAUCAUACUUCAUUAUAGCUUCUUUAAGGCACAUUACUCCGACGGGGCUGCAAUUGGAACUAGUAAUGUGAAGGUGUCACCAACGAUGCAAACUGUUCCCAAUACUUGA